AUGGCGGAACGGGAACGACGCUUAAAGGGCCUCCGCGAGUCAAUUGCGCAGCUCGAAUCUGAACUAUCUCAGCUGGAAAAGGAGGUUGCAGAGAAUAAAGCGGAGCUGCGGAAUGAUCCCACAGAAACAGUACAGCGACAUGUCCGUCUAUUGCAUGAGUACAAUGAUAUUAAAGAUGCGGCGCAGGGAUUGAUGGGAUUGAUUGCGGACGCUAAAGGAGUCAGGGUAGCGGAGGUUCACAAGGAGUAUGGAGUUGACGAGAAGGAUUGA